CCGGCGAUGCCGCUUGCCCACCAUGGCUGAUGCUCUGGCCCACGGAGCCGACCCCGGCUGGGUCAACGGCGCCGACGACAACCGGACCCCCCUGCUCGAGGCCGUGGCCGCGAAUUCCCUGCUGGCCUGCGAGUUCCUGCUGCAGAACGGGGCCAGCGUGAACCAGAGCGACAACCGCGGGCGGGGCCCGCUGCACCACGCCACCAUGCUGGGGCACACUGGCCUGGCCUGCCUGUUCCUGAAACGGGGGGCUGACGUCAACGCCGUGGACGCCGAGGGGAAGGACCCCCUGAGCAUCGCCAUGGACUUGGCCAACGCCGACAUCGUCACCCUGCUGCGUUUGGCCAAGAUGAGGGAGCUGGAGGUGGCUCAGGGACAGACUGGUGACGACACCUACCUCGACAUCUUCCGGGACAUCUCCCUGAUGGCCUCGGAUCACCCCGAAAAACUCGCCAGGCCCCCCCCAAAACACCCCACCCUUUAGCCACGCCCCCUCUGCUCAGGCCACGCCCCUCAAAGGGAAAGCCACGCCCCCUCCUCACAGGCAGCUCCCGAUGGAAUAAAGGAUCGGUUUGAGUUUGGA